CUCCAAAUACUUACCACAGAAUGGGACGGUUUGGUCCAACGCAUCGUAAAAUCCCCGUUCCCAAACGCCAUGGCGUUCGUGAUCCGCUCAAACGGCUCGCCGACAGGGAAGCUUCCAUGAAAGAUAAAAUCAACAACCCUCCGAAAGAACACGAUGUGCAGGAGGUUUCGAAUCGGUUCAAGCAAUUUAUGGCUCUCGCGAAUGAAGCAGCUAGCCAACCCAGACGAAGAAAGAGAGAACCGAAAAAAAGACCGGCGUUACAGAUCGGUAGCACGCUGGUUGAAAAGCGUCCCCGGGAAACUGAGGAAGCAUUCUUGAACAGGGCAAGUAAUGUCCAACACGAUCGCGAAGUAGAGUCGGAAUUUGGUACGAAGUUCGGCGUAGAGGUGGAACACGACGACAAAACGGGAAUAAUUCGUGUGAUCAAACGGAAGGGAAUCGAGGUCGAUAGUAUGUUGGAAAAGAUUAGCGAUGAAAAAUCCAAACCACGCAAAUCGAAGGCUGCCGAAUUUGCCAAAGCACGGAAAGCAAUGUUAGCGGAACAGAAGGCACUCAAAAAGCAGAAAGCACUGGAAAAGCGUCGAGAGGAGGAGGACCUUUUGCUGCGAGAGUACCAGUACGAACGGGUGCCUUUUGGUGAGGUUGUAAAGGAACCACCGUCACUCCAUACACUGCCACGGCGUGCCACCAGGCAAGGUGUACCACGGCCUGGCGCAAAAAGUCUGCUGCUUAGUUCGUUGCUGGAGCCAAAGCAAACGGAAGAGGAAGAACCGGUUCCCAAGAAAAAAUCCAAAAAGAAGGCCAAGGAAACGAAAUUAGAUCUUAAAGGUAAACGAAAGAAUCUGCCGGCCGCAACCCGAAUGAAGAUCGAACGUGAACAGCAAAACGUCAUCGAACUGUAUCGGCAAUUGAAGAAAAAUGCAAAACAAUAA